AUGGGGGUGCGGCGGGGAAGAAGUUGGGGCAGAGGCCGGCGAGGUGGGUGCGGCGGAGGCCGGGGAGGGGAGGUUGGUGCUGUGGAGGAUGGUGCGGUGGAGGCCGGGGAGGGGAAGGGUGCGGCGGAGGAUAGGGAGGGUGUGGCGGAGGAUGGUGCGGCGAAGUUGGUGUGGCGGAGGAUGGUGCAGCGGGGGACCGACAGCGGCGAGGUCGGUGCUACGGAGGCUGGGGAGGGGAAGGGUGCGGCCGAGGAUGGGAAGGGUGCGGCGUCGGGGAAGAUGAGCUGGGCGGCGGAGGAUAACGACGCCAGGAACGACGUUUCGCAGAAUAGCGACGGGGGAGGAAAAUAA